AUGGCAACUGGAGAAAAUGAGAGAGUCAAGGAACCAAUGCUACCUCAAAGGUCUCCUAAUGCAGUACGUUGUUGUAAAAUUAUUGCAGAAUUUAUUGUUAUUUUGAUUGUCUGUGGGAUACUUUCGUUAGGAUUAUCGGUAAUUAUUUGGACUGUUUAUGACAAUGUCGUAUCACCGGAUGUUACCAAUACCACUGUAGAACCUCUGGAAACUACCAGCAUUACAACCACAACAAUGCCAACAACGACUACUAAACCCUUGGCUUGCCAAAAACGAAUCAUUGGAUUUUUUAAUGCAUUUGACGCCAAGGAAAUCACAGCUGCGCGAGUUUCUAAACUAACUCAUGCGGUGUUUGCGAAAAUUCCCAUGGACUACAACGGGGAACUGGGCAUCAAAACACAGGAGACUGAUGAAGCAUUUGAGAAAUUCAAGUCUACCGCAAAAGGUGUGGAAACGGAUGUUAAAGUAAUGAUAUCAAUUUGUGGGAAAACGAGUUAUCGUGAAAUUGCUCAAAAGACUGAAUACACACGAAUAUUCGUAAAUUCCGUUGCAUCGUUCCUUGAAAAUCAUCUAAUAGACGGCGUUGACAUGAAUUGGGAGAGGGAAAAUUAUCAUAAUAAUAUCAACUUGCUCAAGGAGCUUCGAAUCCGUUUGAAUGGGAGUCAAUUGAUUUCUGUGACUCUCCCAUCCCCACCAAAUUCUGGAGCAACUUUUCAAGUGGACGAGAUUUUGAAGUACGCAGAUUUUGUCAAUGUUGUUUCCAUGGGGUAUUAUGAUACGGAUAGAACACGGACUGGUCCGAUUUCUCCGUUAUAUUCUGGAUUCGAUGGAUGGAAAAAGCUGGACGUUAACGCUACAAUGAAGUACUUCAAUAAAGAAGUCAAGAUCUCCGAAAAAUUGAAUAUCGUUAUUCCAUUCUUUACGAGGAUUUGGAGUAAUGCUAUAGACGUUGUGGAGCCUGGAAGAGAAAUGUUUAGGGAUGCUCAAAAUGAAUUUUCUCAGGUUCCAUUUAGCAAAAUGAAAGAAGACGGUUGGACAGAACAUAAAACUUCUUGGGAUAAAAAGUCGAAGUCUUCUUACAUCUACGAUUCAGAAACUAAAACUUUUUUGACAUUCGAAAACGAAGAAAGCAUAUCCUGGAAACUUCAGUUUAUCAGAGAGGAAAACUUAGGAGGAUUAUGGAUCCGUUUUAUGGAUAUGGAUGACGAUGAGAACACUCUUUUGAAUUCUGUUACUAAGUUGUGUUAA